AUGGAUGACACUUCCAACUCGAGGCCGUCUGGAACGGCUAACCGAGUAAGGAUAGUGGAAGACGAUGAUCGAUCAUGGAGUGACAAAGACAGCCUGGAAGUCAGUGGGCGAGAGUUGGCCGAGGGCUCAGCGGCGUCGAGGGACAACGACCCUGUCGCCGCCCUCAAGAGGCGACUCUCGGAAUGGGGUGAGUCUAGUGUCCAUAACAGUCAACCUUUUGAAGAGGGUGAAGAGUACGAAAUGCUUCUAGAUCCGAACCUACCCGAAGAACACGAGAGGAAGAUGCAGGAGCUGGAGCUGGAUGAUCCGAUGGGAGAUGGCGAGUCGAAUUUCAGGGGGCUUGAUGAAAUGGAAGACUCACCGUAUCCCGAGGUUCGAGCUGCCGUCCGUAAUUACGAUGAAGAUAUGCCCUGCAACACGGUCCGGGCAUGGACGAUUGGGUUGUUCCUUGUUGUCAUCGGUGCUUCCAUGAACACCUUGUUCUCGCUCAGGAGCCCGUCGAUCGGCCUCGGCGCGCUCAUUGCCCAGAUCAUUGCAUGGCCAAUCGGUCAAGGCUGGGAAAAGAUCAUGCCCAAGAAACAGUUUGUUCUCCCGGUGCUUGGUAUCAAGUGGAGCUUGAACCCUGGGCCAUUCAACAUCAAGGAGCACUCCAUCAUCGUCGUCAUGGCGAGCGUGUCCUUCUCAGUUGCAUAUGCCACGGACAUUAUCCUGGCGCAACUUGUAUUUUAUAAGCAAGAUUUCGGCAUUCCCUGGCAGUUAUUACUAACAAUUUCAACACAGAGCCUGGGUUAUGGCAUCGCUGGCAUGAUGAGGAAGUUCCUUGUAUACCCGGCAUCCAUGAUAUGGCCCGGCAACCUGGUGUCAGUAGUGCUGAUGAACGCCAUGUACGAGAAACAUACCCCCAACGAUCCAACAGUCAUUGGAGGAAACAUGCCCAGAUACAGAUGGUUUUCUUAUGUCACACUGGGCGCUUUCUUGUAUUAUUUCAUUCCUGGCUUUUUCGCCCAAUUCCUGAGUGUCUUUGCUUUCGCCACCUGGCUUGCGCCAAACAGCCCUGUCAUUAACCAGCUGUUUGGUGGAUCGACCGGUUUAUCGCUGCUUCCGAUCACCUUUGACUGGACACAAAUUGCAGGCUAUAUAGGCUCCCCCUUGAUCCCACCUUGGCACGCUAUCGCAAACACGCUUAUCGGUGUUGUGGUGUUCUUUAUUGGUCUUGCCUCAGCCUUUCACUACACCGGUGUAUGGUAUGCUCAGUUCCUGCCCAUGAGUGAUGCCUCUACAUACGACAACACAGGCUCGCAUUACAACACAACUCGUAUCUUGACGCCGGAGUUCACAUUAGACGAAGAAGCCUACAAGAACUACUCCCCCCUCUUUAUCAGUACAACAUUUGCCAUGUCUUACGGACUAUCAUUCGCUGCUAUUACCUCUCUUAUUGUGUACACCUACCUCCAUCACAGUAAGACGAUUUGGCGCCAGUACAAGAAUAGCACAACUGAGAAACCUGAUAUCCACAUGAAACUCAUGCGGAAGUACAAGGAGGCACCUACCUGGUGGUACAUGACCCUCUUUUCGGUCAUGCUGGGUCUAGGGUUCAUCACAGUAUUGGCAUAUCCUACCAAUCUCAACUGGUGGUCGUUCCUAUUGGCAGUUGCCAUCUCGUUCACCUUUGCGCUGCCCAUUGGUAUCAUCCAGGCAGUCACGAACAAUCAGAUCGGUCUGAAUGUCUUGACUGAGUUCGUAUACGGCUACAUUCAGCCGGGCAGGCCAUUGGCACUCAUGAUAUUCAAAACUUUUGGAUACAUCACAAUGUCUCAGGCUCUGGGCUUUGUUUCCGAUCUCAAAUUUGGUCAUUAUAUGAAGAUCCCACCUAGGACCAUGUUCUUGAGCCAGGUUGUUGCCACGACCUUCUCUUGCUUCAUCCAGAUUGCAGUGCUCAAUUUUGCCUUGAACAAUAUUGAUGACGUGUGUACCGUGACGCAGCCUGAGCAUUUCACAUGCCCUGGAGGCAGAGUCUUUUUCUCUGCUCAAUCAAUCACAGCCUCUGUGAUCUGGGGUCUCAUCGGACCAGCUCGCAUUUUCUCCCCCGGCCAAGUCUACUCAGGCCUCUUUAUUUUCUUCGUGAUCGGCGCAAUCACACCCGUGAUUCUCUAUUACGCCGCCAAGAAAUGGCCCAAGUCGCCAGUUAAAUACCUGAUGGCGCCACUGAUAUUUGGUGGAGCCGGUGCAAUCCCUCCUGCAACGCCCCUGAACUAUCUCUCUUGGGGUAUCGUAGGCUUCAUCUUCCAAUAUCUGGUUAAGAAGCGCCACUUUAAUUGGUGGAGCAGACUCAACUUCCUGACGUCCUCGGGCCUCGAUCUCGGCCUCGCCUUGUCUACGUUGUUUAUAUUCUUCGCCUUCACGCUGAACAAUAUAGACCCGCCUGAUUGGUGGGGCAAUCGUAUUGUCGCGGCGACCAUGGAUGCCAAGAAUACUGCUAUACAAAUGGUCUUACCGGAAGGUCAGACUUUUGGGCCUGCUACAUGGACUUAG